CCGUAGCCAUGAUUCACCCAUCGUCCAGUGGAUAACGGAAACGCGCGAGGGUUUAAGCUCACUCUUCUUCUCCCCCACUCGCAAAGCCUCCCGCCGUCCGCCGUGGCCAUGGCCAUCGCCGCUACUCCCACGCUCCUCUCUGCUCCUCCACUCCCCAAGCCCCCGACCCUUCAACCCUACUCCCGCCGCUCCACGUCCCACUGUCAUCCUCCCCCUCUCCUCCAACGCCUCCUCCCCCGCCGCCGCGCCGUCGUCGCCGCCGCGGGCGGCCCCACCACGAACUCCGUCUCCUCCGCUCUCGGCGACCCUCGUGAGGCCGAGGCCGCUGUAGCGGAGCUCCUGCGCGACCACGGCGCCUCGCCCGCCGACGCCGCUGCCAUCGCCGCGCGCGCGCCGGGCUACGCCGCCAUGCUGGCCGAAGGCGUCCGGGAGCUCGACGAGCUCGGCCUUUGGGCGUCCUGGAGCGCCGGGGCAGGGGCCCGCGUCGGGGCCGAGAUGGGCGCGCUCGGGUUCGGGAGGAAGGUGUAUUUCAUGGGGAGGAGCAGGCGCGACGGCGGCGUCGUCCCGCUCGUCGAGAGCCUUGGCGUGCGGCUCUCCUCCGCCAAGCUCAUCGCGCCAUAUGUCGCGGCGGAGGGACUCCCGGUGCUGAUCGAUAGGGUUAAGUUCUUGAAGGAAGUUCUAUUUUCAAGCAGUGGCUAUGAAACUUUAGUCAGACGGAAUGCUAAGCGCAUGAUGAUGCACUUAUCAAUACCUGCAGAUGAGGCACUCCAAAGCACACUAUCAUUUUUUGAAAAAAUGGAGGCCAGGUAUGGUGGUCUUAGCAUGUUAGCACACGGGGAUGUGUCAUUUCCCUAUCUCAUUGAAUCAUUCCCAAUGCUUCUUCUCUGCUCUGAGGACAAUCAUCUUAAGCCGUUAAUUGAUUUCCUUGAGUGCAUUGGAAUUCCCAAGCCAAGGAUUGCAUCAGUUCUGCUGUCAUUUCCUCCUAUCAUCCUUUCUGAUGUUGAAAAUGAUAUCAAACCAAGGAUUCGUGCAUGGGAGAAGGCUGGCAUUGAACAACAGUAUAUCAGUAGGAUGUUGUUGAAAUACCCAUGGAUUCUUUCAACAAGCGUGAUAGAAAACUACGCGCAGGUGCUGUUGUUCUUCAACAGAAAAAAGAUUUCGAGUACAGUCCUUGGUAUUGCUGUGAAAAGUUGGCCUCAUAUUCUGGGUUGUUCGACAAAAAGAAUGAACUCAAUUCUGGUGCUGUUUGAUGAUCUGGGCAUCAGUAAGAAAAUGUUGGUCCCAGUUCUUACAUCAAGUCCACAACUGCUGCUGAGAAAACCGAGUGAGUUUUUGCAGGUAGUUUCCUUUUUCAAAGAUAUAGGUUUUGAUAAGAAAGCUGUGGCAAAGAUUGUGUGUCGUUCUCCAGAAAUAUUUGCUUCAGAUGUGAACAAUACCCUCAUGAAGAAAAUCAACUUUCUUAUUGACUUUGGUGUUUCUGAGCGUCAUCUUCCUCGUAUCAUUAGGAAGUAUCCAGAGCUUCUAUUGUUGGACAUAGAUCGCACACUGCUCCCCAGAAUGAAUUACUUCCUGGGGAUAGGCUUGUCUAAGAAAGAUGUGUGCUCAAUGAUCUCAAGAUUCUCCCCACUUCUGGGUUAUAGUAUUGAGCUUGUUAUGAAACCGAAGCUUGAGUUCCUGUUACGGACUAUGAAGAAGCCUCUUAAAGCUAUUGUGGAAUAUCCAAGGUACUUCAGCUAUUCUCUGGAGGGGAAGAUAAAGCCACGGUUUUGGGUACUUAAGAGCAGAAACAUAGACUGCAGCAUGACAGACAUGUUUGCGAAAAAUGAUGAACUGUUUGCAGAAGAAUACUUGCAAAUAGAAACAUUACCUGUGACACCAUCUUUACAAUCAAACAAAGGUGGUUAAUUGCUGGACUAUUGUGGAACAUCCAAGGUACUUCAGCUAUUCUCUGGAGGGGAAGAUAAAGCCACGGUUCUACUUAAGAGCAGAAAUAUAGACUGCAGUAUGACAGACAUGUUUGCAAAAAAUGAUGAACUUUUUGCUGGAGAAUAUAUGCAAAUAGAAACAUUACCUGUGACACCUUUACAAUCAAACAAAGCUGGUUAAUUGCUGGACUUAUAUACAGAGCAAACCAUGUGAGGGUGCCUGAUUAUACAGCUUCAUGCUUCCAUCUGGGGAGGAUAUUUUACAGAUAGAAACCACCUCUCCAGUGUGCAGACUUCAGAAGGUCCAAAGUGAUUAUUAAAUGUUUGGAACUGAAAAAUAAAUAAAAGAGUAUGCUCACUAACUUGGCAUGAAGACCAACACAAACUAUUGGAGGCCAUAAUCUCUGACUGAAGUGUCUGUUGAGCAACCCAUCCUCUGAUGGAACCUAAACCUCUCGAUGGCCUUGACACCAUCCUUUCUCUAUACAAGCUUGAAUCUUCUCCGUUGGGAAAUCCCCCUGAGACCAGAUUGAGGAACUGAAGGCCAACCCUUGCCCUCACUGGAUCAGCAGCUCUUGCCAAACUUAUAGAUCCUGUGAGGGCACCAAAAUUUAUUGCAGAAACCAGCAGUGAACUAUUACCUCGGGAAUUGAUCCACAUUCUUCCUUGCUGGGAGAAUGCACAGGUUUCCACUUGCCAAUAUGAGAUGGUGCUUCAUUGUGUAUGCCGAACUGCAUGUUCAUGAGGAUGUGUACAAGGGUGCCACCCCAACAGCAAAACUCAACAUCUUGUGCUUGAAACUGCCUACUGCUAUCAACCUGUGGUGUGAAGCGUCCUUCCUAAGAACCCUGUCGCCACAUCUGGUGCAUCCUCGACUGACGAGAGCGGGAACUCUGUGUUCUCUGGCAGGCUUCUGCACUGAGCCGGUGAAUACCCUCUUUUUUUUCUUUUUUUUUGAGAGAGAGGAAUACCCUGGGUUGUUAAUUUGUUAUAUAUCUCCUGUCAAGGCCUAAGAAGCCAGAAGAGUUUUGCCCUUCUGUACGUACUGUACAGUGGCGGAGCUAGGGGGGUUGCCGGGUGGUCCAUGGACCACCCUGAGAUUUUCCAAUCCUUUAUAUAACAUAGUUAAAAAAAUUCAAAACAUCAAAAUAACUAAAUUUGUAUGAAUAUUUUCACUGUUGGACCAUCCUGGAAAUUUUAGCUGGCUACGCCACUGGUACUGUAUACAUGUACCUGUACCUUAUUGGGAUGUGAUUGCGAGCAGAUUUUGAUUUUGCUGAACUGCUUGUUGUAUAUGUUGGCAGCUUCUGCGGCACCAAGCUUUCAAGUUUA